AUGGUACGCGUAGAGAAAACGAAAACACGCAAAGGAAAGCGAGUACUGGACGAUCGUGCUCCAAAGACGGUCAGAAAACUUGCCGGAAAAACAACAGAAACUUCUUUCAGAUCGAAAACGACAAAAAGGCUCUUUUUUUGAAAGGAAACAAAACAAAUGAAAUCAUAAACCAUGCUAUGAUGGACCUUUACGACUUGAAAAAGCCUCUUGCUGCGAAAAUGGACAGGUAUUCUAAUCUUAUUUAUCUUGAUUGUUUGCUUCAAUCACAUGCUCUCAUAAUGAACUUGAAGGCACAACCCGUUCCACCUGUUCGAAGACGAAACCGUCAUAGAAAGGUGGGGAUCCAAAUUCGACGCGUCGCUGUUUGUGAUGGGCUCCAACUCGAAGAAGCGGCCGAACCUCCUGACGUUCGGACGGCUUCACGAUGGGCAGCUUCUCGACAUGGCCGAGCUGCGGAUCACAGCCUACCAGUCGGCCUCCAACUUUGAGGUGAGGCUAGCUGUCAAACUUCGCGGGCAACGUCGUUUUGCUCAAGGUUUCAAAGAUGACGUUAGGCUCGAAGCCUUGCGUCGUGCUCGAAGGCUCCGAAUUCGAGUCUGACCCAGACAUGAAACGAAUCGGUAACCUUUUCGUCGAUUGGUUCCGCGGCCCUACCGUCAGCAAGGUUAGCGGCAGUUACAUUCUUUUGAGAUCCAUUUCACAUUGAACAGAAUCAGAACUCAUUCAAAUCAAAAAUCUUAAUUUUAAUCAACGUAAUUUCACAGGCGCAUCCUGAAAGAAUUCCUAGAUGUAUAUAAAUUAUUUAGGUCCGGCUGGAAGGUCUUGAAACUGUUAUCGUGUUCACAGCUGGCAAGGAUGAGGUCCUCAUGCGAGUAUAUAGGUUGGCUCCAGUUUCUCGGCUCUCCUUUAUGUUUCAUUCUUAGAACUCAGCUGAAAAAGUCGUCUACGGCUACCCCUCGAGUUGAACUGCUCGAGAUGGGCCCAUCACUGAACUUCGCCUUGAUGCGACGCAAAUUAGCCGAUACCUCGCUAUUCAAAGAGGCCUGCAAGAAGCCCGCGGCUCUCAUUGUCCGUAAUUUUGGGUCUUUCCCGGUUCAAAGUUAGUUUGCAGGCGAAACGACGCAAGAACUUGUCCGAAGAUGUGUUUGGUAACCAAUUGGCUCGCGUUCAUCUCGGAAAACAAAAUACUGAUGCCAUACAAACCAGGUGGGCAUAAUUUUCUCAAAAGAAAAAUAAUAAAUAAGAAACCAAAUAUUAAUUAAAAGCAAAAAUUUUCGAGGAUGUUGGAAUGAAAACUAAUAAGGAUUUGAACUUACCACACUUCUUUUCUGAAUUUUUUUUUCAGAAAAGUCAAAGCGUUACGAGACACGCCACUUGUGGACGACAACGAGGCCGAAGAAGAUCACGGCAGUGACGACGAACCGAUGGAGUCCGAUUGA